AUGGCGACGAUGAACUUGGACGAUAUCGAUUUCGAUGAAUUGGACGACUAUUUGGAGCUUUUUCAGCAGGAUGAAGUGAUUAAGGAGGCACUAUCACAAGGUGUCGACUUGCGCGAAUAUACACAGCAGAUUGACGAUGAACUCCGCGCCGCUGAGGCCGCAUCAGUCGCGCAGUACGUCAUGAACUCUGCCGACAUUGUCGAACUGCACGAUGAGGUACAGGAUUGCGACAAUUUAUUGGCUAAAAUGCAAGAAAUGCUGCUGGGAUUUCAGGCUGAUCUAGGCGGUAUCAGUGACGAGAUUCGACACUUACAGGACGAGUCGAUUGGAAUGAACGUCAAGCUCAAGAACCGACGUGAGACGGAAGAGAAACUGCAGAUGUAUCUGGAUCAAAUCACAGUAGCUCCAUCUCUAGUAAGGACAAUAGAUGAAGGAGAGGUGAAUGAGGCUUAUCUUCAUGCUCUUGUGGUACUGAAUGGAAAGUUGCGCUAUGCAGCAUUGAAAAAUCCAGACCCUUUGGGCUCGAGUUUUGACUUGUUGCCUUCACAAACAGCGGCCUCUUCAGAUGUGGAAAAUCAGUUAAAGAAACUAAAAGCAAGAGCUGUUGCUCGGAUUCGAGAGUUUUUACUGGCAAAGAUAAACGAGAUGAAGAAACCAAAGACUAAUGUGCAAAUGGUACAGCAGAAUACGCUGUUACCGAUGAAAUAUCUGGUGAUAUUCUUGGCGGAUAAUGCACCCGAGGUGGAAGAUGAGUUUAGAGAAGUGUAUGCAGAGGCUAUGAGCAAAACGCUGGUAAAUGUGUUUAGGUCGUAUCAUUCCGGUCUUAUGAAAUUUUGCGAAGAAGUUGCUACACGCACAGACGUCAUUGUCGUGGACGAACAGUCGUUAAAGGGAAUUUUCAGCUCAAGGGUAAAUUUGAGCAAACGGAACGAUACAUUUUCCAUUACGGAGCGCGAAAAGAUUCUAGAGACGGCGUCGGCACCUCCAUUGAUCCUGCAUGUGGCGCAGCAAGAGGAAUUGAAGCUGCCGUACGAGGCUGUUUUCCGCAAUAUGCAGCAGCACUUGAUGGACUCAGCUACGUCGGAGUAUUUGUUCCUUGUCGAUUUCUGUAAACCUAGUAGCCAGCAGGAGAAUGUGUUUCGUAGUCGGGAUCUAUUCUUGCGCGUGUUUGCGAAAGCACUGUCGUUGUGUCUUGAGAACAUGGAAAAUUAUCUGUUCACGUGCUACGAUGCCAUCGGACUGCUACUCAUGAUUCGCCUUACGUACGCGCAGCGACUGGUGAUGGAAAAACGUCGUAUCCCGUGCCUGGACGCGUACUUUGAUCGGGUAACGUUGCUGCUUUGGCCUCGGUUCAAGACUGUAUUCGACCUAAAUUUGAUGAGCAUCAAGAACGCCAAGGUAAAAAAGCUGGGGCCGAUUGACCUACAUCCUCACUUUGUCAUCCGACGAUAUGCUGAAUUUGCUUCCUCCAUUCUCAGCUUGAGCAUGUACACGCAGCAAAGCCAAUUUUCCAAAGCUAGAGUAUAUGAUCCAGCAAUUGCUAGCGCACAGAUGCACGAAAAUGGUGCAGGUGACAUGGUUUUCAAUAACCUGACGGUGAUGCGUGACGAGAUUCUUAGCUUGCUCAUGCGCUUGUCCGAGCAGCACGAAAACGCAAAGGACAAAUGUGUAUUCCUCAUCAACAACUACGAUCUUGUGCUGACACAUUUUGCAGAGCGGCAUGUUGCCUUCGAAGAGAUCUCAAAGUUUGAGGAGUUACUUGCAGGGCAGCGAGAAAAUUUUGUGGAGGAGGAGCUCGCGACAUAUUACGCGAAGCUCAUUCAGUUUGUCCGACAACACGAGCAUGUGACACUAGAUGAAAGUGACACUUCAGCAACGGAAGGUAGUCAGCAAGCUAACACUGCGCAGAUCGAAAACAUUGUGCAUGAGUUUGCUGCAACCUGGAAGACUGGGAUUGAAAAGAUGAAUGGCAAUGUGAUGACAUACUUUUCUAACUUUCGCAACGGCAUGGAGAUUCUCAAGCAAGUCCUGACGCAGCUUUUGCUCUACUACACGCGCUUUGUGGAAACCGUCAAGCGGAGCUACCAGCGACCACCCUCAUUUAAUUCGGAGAUUGUUACAACGCAAGAGAUCCUGUACGAGAUCAAGAAGUAUAGUCGGUCUUUUUAG